CAUCUUAGAAAUUGAAAGAGAAGUGCAGGAAAAACAUUUUUAAAAAAGCAAAAAUAAAAUUAAUGCGUUUCGCGUGUCUAGACAAAAACGCAUUGUUCCGCGGAACAAUCGCGAUGCAAAUUCUAAAAAAAACGUUCAUUAUACAGCGUUCAUUAUCCCGUUUUUCCGGUAAAAGUCAUUGCAUAACGGCCGAGUGCGUCUAAGCGCGUCCAGCGCGUCGCUCUCACUUAUUACUCGGUCAUUCCGAGAUUUCCACGCAUAGAGAGGACAGACAGGGGAGAGAAUUUUAUUUUCACGAGGCGCGCGUCAACUAUUAUAUCGGCGGAUGCCGUGACCGACGCGGCCGUUAAACGACAGUGGUGUCAAUGACAGCGGGACGGCUGGGUGCGAUGACGGCAGUCAAUGGCGUGCGAGUGGACGCACCUGUAUCAAUGUGUCUGAGCGACAUUGCGUCCUGUGCCGCAUCACGUUUCGCGUGACGCUGAACAGCACCGAGGUGAAAAAGAAAAGGAAGAAGAGGAGAGUCAUCAUUGUCUCAUUUGCGGGAGUUGCCCGCGUGAUCGUCGGCAACGCGCCACUUGGUAGAGGAGUGGUCGUCGCGACUACGAAGGAAGCAACCGUAUGUGCCGUUCACGUCACGUUCACGCGGAUGUUUACGGCUGGCAUGUUAAAUGGCAAUGAACAUGGAGGUGGCGGAGACGUCCGGGGUAGCCAGCUCGUCGGCGGCGAGCCGCGAGGAUGCGACGGCUGAGAAGCACGUCGAUGCGCGAUCGACGAUGACAACGAAUGACGCGACGACGGUGAGCUGCGAGGAGGCCUCGUCGUCGCAGGCGGACGAUGCCAGCGAUCGCCGUGUGACUCAGACCCCGUUGGCCUUCACCAUCGAUUUCGGCAACAACAAGGAGGUGGACACAACAAGAUAUCAGAACCUGUUUGAGAGGUAUAACGCCAGGCACAAGAGGAACCUCUCCACGUCUAAGGUAGAAGUAAAAUCAAAGAAACCAGGUACUAUACUGUCUCCAAACUUGGUACAAAAGCAGAAAGUUCCUAGUACUCAUUCUGAGGGGUAUUUUAGCAGCGAGGAUGAUACAAAACGAAAAACUGACCAAUUAUCAGAAAGACUUAAACAAUUAGGUGUCAAAAAUCCUUCGAAAACAAAUUCUAACACAAAGAAGUCUAGGAACGAAAAUGUAGAUUCCUCUCAUCAAAACAAACAAUAUUUGAUGACAAGAUCUUGUGACGAUGAAUUACGCGAUAGGAAACUAUCAUCUCAAGGUCUCUCUCUAGAACUUGAAACCAAUGAGAAUGUGUAUUGGACAUCUCAAAGAUCCGCGACGAUAAAUGAUCUAAGUCGAAUUCAGAUGAGCAAUUACGAUGAUGACGAAAAUGAGAAACGAUACACAAAGAACAUUGAAUAUAUCGACAUCAAUCACGAGUGCAAGGAAAUAAAUGAUUUGGAAGAUAAUAAAGUGUCUAAUAUGAAUUACAUCACUGACAACUUUAAGAUAAAAAAUACAAAUGAAAGAGAGAACAAUAUAUCGAGCGAUCAGAGGGAACAGUUUGUCAAUUACGCAAUGCAUCUAAAUGCAGACGAUCUAGCGGAUACUAAUCUAGAUGUGUUUAACGUUAGUAACAUCGACGCCGGUUCUGAUGGUGCUGUAAGUGAGGCUGGGACCUACACAAUUCAUAAAGAUUAUACUGAUGAAGAAAAAGCGAGGAUGGACAUCGACAAAGUUUUCAGUGUCGGUGUUCUAACGGAAGAAGAAAACAAUGAGGCUUACGUUCAUAAUUUUAAGAUGAGCAUCUCUCGCGAUAAUAAUGCAUGGAUAUCGGAGUGGGCUACUCAAGUAGCGGAACAUAAUUCUUUACCCCCAAUAAUUGGCGGCUCGACGGGUCGUACACCGCCUUUGAGUCCGACCAAGAUACCAUCUCCGAUUCAUGCUAGAUCUCAACGUAUAUCACAUAAUCGCUAUGAACAGUCGUUUGACAGCAAUCUAGAUACGGACUCGUAUGUACGAAUAAAAGAAAGACUCGGUUUGGUUUCAAGUCAGCAUCAAAUUAUAGACUCUGGUGGUGAAUCUGAUGAUGAUACCAGUAACAGUUAUAAUACGCCGCCUAACAGCUCACAACGUACACCUGUACAUAGUACCGUGAUUAGACGCGGCAGCUUGUCUGAAUCUUUGUUUCGGCGAGCAAAUAACAACGAAAAUAGGCGAAGCGUCCGAAAAUACUUAAAUUCAGCCAAAUCGAAGACUGCUGAUACUAAUGUAGAAUUAUUGAAGAGCCCGUCCCAAGUCUUAUCACCCCUGCACUUUGAAAGAAGAAGUAGCUCUCUAGAUAGGAAAGAAUGUGUUUCUGAUACAACGGAAUCUAAUAUGUCCAGAAAAAAUAAUGCGAAGUAUAAGGAAGAUUUCAAGCACACAAAUAGUCCCGUUUUAAGCCGUCUGAGACCACCAACGCCAAAAUUGACCAAUAGUCCAAUUGUUAGCCGUAAGGCCAUCACAACGAAGAUUCUUAAUUCUCCCAUGUUGGAAAGACCUAAACACUUGAUAAAAUCGUCACAAGCGAAAAAUAUAGGAUAUUUUACAUGUGUUGAAAAUAGUCCAUACAUGUUGAGAAAGUCCAACAGUACUACGAAUUAUCAUGAAGGAACUAGUUAUUUUGAUAAGGACAUGUCUCUUAAAGCGCCUAAUAUGUUACGAAACAGUCCGGAGCUUCAACGACAUCUUAAUAUACAAAGAUCAUCAAGUAACGCGAGCAUCAGGAACAUUAAGUCGCAGAAUCUCGUGUCGCGUCGUAGCAGCUUCAAUAGUAGCGACGUUGACAGAAUAUCGAGAGGAAAGUAUACCUCUGUUGCCUCUGAUAGUAGCAGCGAAACCGGUGAACAACAAAGAAAAUCUCCUCUGACGCCGAUCUCAUCUGGUAUCAAGUUAAAUAGGGCUUUCAGCAUAAGAAGAGCGAGAUUAAAUUGUGAAUCCGACACAACACCGAAUACAACCCCCGAAGAAAGACGUAGAAGAUCGCAGUCCGAGAUAAAGACUGUAGCCCCUGUGACUAAGCAGCAAAGUUAUCAUCGUAUUCGCACAAAUAGUGUUGGCGCGCACAAUAAGGAAUCAGCAAAGAAACCAGAAACGUCGAAAUUCAGAACACCGUCUAUAUCUAGAACCGAUACCGGGAGAUUUAGUAUGAGAGCCCCAAAACCGACUCAUCAUCCUCCCAAUAGCCAGAAAACGAAUCAGAAGCCAAAUAAAGAUCACAAAAAAUCUGGCAGAAGUAAUUCCACUCUUACGUCCAAAGAAGUAGAGUUUCAAAAUUGGAAGAGGCGGAAAAGUUACGACCCGAUGAAAGCAGCGGCUGAAGGAAGGAAGAAAUUGAUAGACAGUACGAAGAAACAUCACAGUACUGAGGAUGGUUCUGGCAACCAUGACAAUUCCGUGCUGAGAUCUGCAAGUUUUCACGGAACAGGGGGUGCUCUCUCGUUAGCCAACGAUUGGUCGGAUAAUGAAUUAAAUUAUUCCUAUGAGGAUAACCAAAUACCACCGCCUAGCAGUCCGCAGCUGGAGAGCGAUAGUGAUUUAGAAACUUCAUCAUAUCUGCAAACGACUCAGAAUGUCGUAUCCGCAAUGUCCGCUCGCAUGACGGGAUAUCGUCCUCCGCUUGUUUCCGAUAAUGAAAGCGACGAAGAUACAAGUCACAGUCUGCAUCAGAAUAUAUCGAAAGGAUUACGCCAUCCGAGCGAUACAGAGAGCAGCGAUGAACAACAUCCUUUGGCGCAAUCUCCAAUCUCUAAUACUAAAUAUAACAAAGAAUUUAGCUUGCGUAAAGCAAAAUUGGACCUGCAACGAACAAAACCUGUGUCUUCCAAUGUCAACAAGGCUAAAACUUUAUCGCACGAUGCACAUAGCAAGUCUGAGUCACUUUCCAAUGUCAAUAGAACAGACUCUGGACGAUCUAGCGCGCGAAUUAAUAGAGGCUUGAGCAUGGGAUCUAAAAGUAAUAAACCAAAGGAACCAAAAAAAUCCUCAGCAUCAAAUAUACGGGAAGUCGAAAUGCAGAAUUGGAAACGUCGCAAAAGCUACGAUCCUAUGAAAGCUGCUAUGGAAGGACGGAGAAAAGCCGGUUUGGUGAAGAAAAAUAUCAAUGCAACUCUAUCACCGAGGACUGAUAGCGAUCGAUAAUCUAAAAAUAAUGUGGCAAACAAGUAAAUGGUAUGGUACAAAUUCGUUUGAACGUUUUAUAUAUAGAUUCUCUCAAGAGGUACAUUUAAUAGAUGUUUUUCACUUUUUAAGGAUAUGAAACACUUUCACUGACACGAAUGCUUGUGUUUUGUAUUGCACUACUUUAAAGUUUCUACUAGAUUAAAAUUUUCAGAUAGAAAAGAUACUACGCUUAUAUUUUGUGU